AUGAGACCAACGCCGCAAUGCGUAUACAAUUCUCGGCGAGCUCUCUACCGUGUCUUUGUCUCCCCGUCUGAAGCACCGGCUCUUUGCACCGUCUCGCGACUACAGCUCUCCGCGCGCCCGGCAUCGCACAGGAAUGCCCUCUCGGCAACCCAUGUCCGGGGAUACGCGGCCAAGCCGCCGGCCCGCGGGCCUCGCGGCCGGACCUCUGUCGCCGCCGCAGAACAGCUCGCCCACGACAACCGCGGCUUCGACAAGCGCUACACGACGCAGCAGGACAUUGCGCGCUCGGGACGCGACCGCCCGCCGCAGGACCACGAGAUCACGGACCCGCAGAUCAUGGUCAUUGACAACGGCGCCACCGAGGGGCCGCUCGCCACGUCCUUUGUCCUCACCAGGCUCGAGCCGCACGAAUCCCUGCGCAUGGUCCAGCCGUACGUCCCUGCGGAUCCCAAGAACGGCCGUCGCGGCGCCCAGCUGGCCGUGUGCAAAAUCGUCAACAAGCGCGACGAGUACGAGCGUCAGAAACAGCUAAAGGAGAAGAAGAAGGCGGCUGUGGGCAAGCCCAAGACCAAGGAGCUGGAGCUGACGUGGGCGAUUGGGGAGCAUGAUUUGGCCACCAAGAUGCGGCAGAUGGGGCAGUUCCUGGGCAAGGGGAUGAAGGUGGAGGUUCUGGUGGCGAAGAAGAAGGGCGGCAAGCAGGUCGAUGGGAAGGAGGCCGAGGGCGUGGUGAGGAGGAUUCGGGACGAGGUUGACAAGGCCGGCGGCAGAGAGGGGAAGAGUGCGUCUGGGGCCGUUGGGGGAACGUAUCGCAUGUACUUGGAGGGGAAGCAGAAUUAA